CACCACCACCAUCACCAGCAGCAACAGCAGCAGCACCACCACCACCUCAGAAGCCCAUCCCCUAGCGUCCGUCCCGUCAAUGCACGCUGUAUGCGCAUGGGCGGAGGAACUGCCGCUGUGCGCUGUUAUUAUUGUAAGUGUAAUUUCUUUUUUACGAAAAUGGCGUCUAGUCAGGGAGGUGUGGGAGCUGUCACUGCUCUACAAAGCCAUCACUACCCCAGCGGACCUCAUUGGAGUCCGGGCAUCAACCAGUACCAGCACCAGCAGCAGCACCACACGGCCCGUAGCCUGGACCGGGCUCUGGAGGACGCCGUGUGCUCGGGGAUCCUGAACCUGAGCGGUAGGAAGCUGAGGGAGUACCCGGGGAUGAGCUACGAUCUUACCGAUACGACACAAGCAGAUCUGUCCAAGAAUCGUCUCACAGAAAUCCCCGCAGAAGUCUGUCUGUUUGCCCCCCUCGAGUCACUCAACCUCUACCACAACUGUAUCAAGUGCAUCCCAGAAGCCAUUAUCAACCUGCAGAUGCUGACUUAUCUUGACAUCAGCCGCAAUCUCCUGUCGGUUUUGCCAAAAUAUGUCUUCAACCUCCCCCUGAAAGUUCUGCUGGUGAGCAACAACAAGCUUGUGUCCAUCCCUGAGGAGAUUGGCAAGGCCAAAGAGUUGAUGGAGCUGGACGUGAGCUGUAAUGAGAUCCAGGUGCUGCCAGCUCAGGUGGGAAGACUUCAGGCCUUACGAGAGCUCAACAUCAGGAAGAACUGUCUUCACAUGCUGCCUGAGGAGUUGGCUGAUCUGCCUCUCAUCCGACUUGACUUCUCCUGUAAUAAGAUUACAGAGAUUCCUCCAGCCUACAGGAAACUCAGGCAGCUGCAGCAUAUCAUUCUAGACAACAAUCCUAUGCAGUCUCCACCCGCACAGAUUUGUCUGAAGGGCAAAGUGCACAUAUUCAAGUACCUGAACAUCCAGGCAUGCAGAAUGGACAAGAAACCAGACACCUUGGACCUCCCUUCUCUAAGCAAACGUUGCCUCCCGCAGCCGCUUACAGAUAGCAUGGAAGAUGUUUACCCCAGUAAGAACCACGGGCCUGACUCUGGGAUUGGUAGUGACAAUGGUGACAAGAGGCUGUCUACAACAGAGCCUUCAGAUGACGACACUGUCAGUUUUCACUCUCAAGUCUCAGAGACAGCCCGUGCUGAUGCCCUCUCACUCCUCUCCAAAAUGGACUCUUGCAAAGAUCAGGAUCUCUAUGACUUUAUAGAGCCUAACCCAGAUGAAGAUCCUGCUCUGUCAGAGUGUAAUGGGCAGCAAAGCAGUCAUGUGUCUUGUAUAAAGGAACUGGAAAAAGUUCUUAGCAUGUCUCGCCAAAGCAAAGAUAAGGACGGUUGGAAAGAGGAGUCAGGCUCUGACAAAGAGCAACUAGUUGAGGAAGAGGAUGACGAGCUGAAGGAAGUGCUGGAUUUGAGGAAGAUUGCGGUCCAGCUUUUGCAGCAGGAGCAGCAGAGCAGACGACGGUCCUUAAUUUGCAGAGCAGAGAGUCUCAUUCACAGACGGAGAGUUACUGGCCGGGCACACAGAUUCCUAAGUCACUCUGGAAGCUCCGGCAGCAAACCCAGAGUCCCACCUCAGACUGCCCGCAGCGCUUCUCUAGAUGAAGGGAGUAGUGGAGCGUCAGUGCUGAGUGGACAGCCCUCAUCCUCCUGCUCCUUCGAUGGCAGCUUGAAGACAGACCAGUCGGAUUCAGAGCCGAAGUGGCCUGAAGUCCCACCUGUCCUCAAUCAGAAUGAGGACCGCAGGCGGAACAAGUACCUGAGAAAGGAUUAUCUUAAGUACAAGUGUCAGAGUGCUCGAAAAAGCUCCAGUGGGAACGAUGACUGUGAGGAGGGAUUGCGCAACACUGAUUUCAGCACCACUUUGACAGUGUUUGGACUAAAGCCAAGAUCAGCCUUCACCAGAGCAAGCCGUCAGGAGUACAGCUCAACAGACCCCAGCUUCACGAUGAGGAGGAAGAUGGAGCACUUGAGAGAGGAAAUGGAGCAGAUAGGACUCUUGCGGCAGAACAUUGAGUCCAGACUGAAGGUGCUGCUUCCAGAUGAUGUUGGAGCUGCUCUGAUGGACGGAGUUGUUCUUUGCCAUUUAGCAAAUCACAUUUGUCCUCGGUCCGUAGCCAGCAUCCAUGUGCCAUCACCUGCAGUGCCAAAGCUAAGCAUGGCUAAAUGCCGUCGGAAUGUUGAGAACUUCUUGGACGCCUGCAAGAAGCUGGGUGUCCCACAGGACAAACUAUGUCUGCCACAUCACAUCCUAGAAGAGCGUGGUCUAGUGAAGGUGGGCGUGACCGUCCAGGCUCUACUUGAUCUGCCUCCAUGGAAACCCACACAGCUGUCGGCUGUUUGACAAGAGCCCGAAUGUUGCGUCCGCCCUUCUGUCACAGAGCUCAACUCUCGUCUUAGCCCAAACCUGCACCUGGGACUAGAGAUCCCUGCGGGGCGAGGACCCAGCAGUCCGUAGGUCUUUGGGAGUCAGCUUCUGCCUGACUGAACAGGAGAGCCCCAGUCUCCUUAUAUGAUGUCAGCCAAUACCCACUUCCUGUCCAUCACAUUUUCACUUGUAUCCUGUUGCGUGUUACUGGGGUCAUCUUGUUUGUCUGUGGACUUGCAAUGUGACAGUGGUUUUCCUGAGCUGCACAGUUAAGACUUGCUAAAGAGACAAACAUCACAGUGGGUUUAUAAGAAGAAUUGUCAACAGGGCUCUAGUCCACGCUUGUGCCAGUACUGAUAAGAUUUUCAUACUGAUUUUGGACACAAUGAUGAGAAGAUGAUAUGACUCACUCUUUCACUGAAGAGGCACUGAAGUGGAAUUUGAAAGUGUCUGCUUUUUACACAGUUUUCAUCUGGUUAUCUUCUUUUGAGCAGCCAAGCCUGAUUUAUAAAUGGCAGAUUUGUUUGUCAUGUACCCUAUUUGAGUGGUUGCAUCUCCCUGCCUUUUAAGGGAGAUUGCAAGCCAGUAUUGGAUGUGGUCUGUGUUCGUGGUCAUGCUUCAGUGGACAUUCGGCCAGCUUUUCUGAAACUGCAGUGUGAUUGCAACAUCUCAAAACAACAGUGCAAAUCAUGCCAACUUCACAGACCCACAUUCACCAGGAGACGUGAUGUUCAACCACUGUGAUAACAUGUGCUUGGCCAUUGUCAACGUUCUGUUCUGUAGCGUUUUUUUGCAUUCUAUGUGCAAGUCUUUUUUUCAUUCAGAACACUUUUCUAGACAUUAGAUACUUUCUUUGCAGCCAUUGCCAAUCAUCACAGUCAUUUACUGUGUUGUACACAAGGCAGUUGGGAUUUUGUUGCUUUACAUGACCUCAGAUAGCCAUGUUUAUAAUGUGUGUGUUGUGGAUGAGUGCAAGUGAGGAGCCUCAGGAUCAGAAAAGGCAAACGUUCCACACAUGGCAUGGUUUUAUCUUAGCGCCAUGCUACCCUGCUGUACGUGAUUUCUCGAUCACGUCAUUUUUCAGGGAGAUUAAAUUAUUUAUGUAUUUAUUUACUUGUUGUAUUUUUAUAGGUUGUUAAUUUGAUUAUGACUAUCCAUUGAGGUGCAGAUUUCAUGUGUGUUUUCUCUAUGCUUCUAGCCCAGAAGCCAGACCUGGAUCCCCCACAUUUUUUGGGGUGGAAAGUUGGUCUGGAGUGGCUCCGUUGGGAACUGAUUAUGCUCCAGCAAAGAUCUGCUGGGCCAGUCAAAUCCUUCGGGUGGGCAUUAUGGACAGAAGAGUAACAGCGAUGUAGUCAUACAUGUCAUCUGAGCAUCAUGGAGUUGAAUUUGUUUACAAUAAAAUGGCUCUGAUUGGUUUUAGGACUGUCCAAUUUUGUGCAGAGGUAUUUUGUUCUCUCUAUCAGUUGAAACACACCCCUUAACACAUUGUAACUUCAGAAAACAUCCCCAAUUUGACAAAACAGGUACAGCAUUCUGAAGGCGCAAUUCUUGAAAAUAUAGGAAAUACAACUAACAGCAUGCAAAAAGCACACAUACAAGGUGUCCAGAGGGACAUGGAAAAAAGGAUGGACACAUGGCUGUGAGCUGCUUGUUGUUGAAGUACUUUGUUAAACCCAACAAACAGCAAAGUUACAUGUUAGCUCAUUCUCCAAAACCUAGCUGACUUCAUUAACUACAGGUCACACACUUGCAACAGCGUGCAUUUGUCAGCCGUGUUCACUAAUGUUUAAUGCCAACUAGAAACAUUUCUGGUUGUCUGUACCAUUUGCAGUUUACUGUGUGUAUUUAGCUUUUUACUUUUAUUUUCCUGUCAGAGUCCUCGUAGUUUCAACAUGAAGGAUUUAAAACAUUUUAAUUACAGCUGUCACGGUGUUAUGAUUUUAACCACUGUAAAUGGAACCCGCUUUACUUGCAAUGUCAAAACAAUCAUUUUCACUCCACUUGACAGUUUUGCUGACAGCAGUGUUGUCAGCAUUGGUGAUGCAUGACAAACACUACGUGGAAAAGGCUGAAGGAUUUCCAAAAAACAAAAAAAAGGAGUUAUUAAGUGGCACAGUUAAGUAAACCUUGUGUAUCUUGACUUUUUAUGUUUAAACCAGUGUGUUAUGAAUUCUAUACUAUUCCCAAUAAUGUUUCCUGUAUCUGAAAUGUGAUAAUAUUCUUCGCAGGCUUGUGAAGUGGUUGGCAUAAUUGUCUGGAUUUUCUUUUUCUUUUGAUAGAGCACAACAUCCCCUCAGGCAGGUGUGGUAAACCAACCACUUUCAAAAUUAGAUUUCCACUAUGUUAAUAACUCCUGUAUUGCUAGAAAUUGUUUUACUCAAAAUAUCAGCAGCCACAUAAACUUAACAAGACACAUUAAGUGUCAUAAUUGGUGGGGAACACAUUAGUCAAGGAUUCCAGACGUAAAGGAUAGAAGUGUGUAGUAGUACAUAGUGUGUGUGAGUAAAGCUGAGGUGUUUUUCCAUCAACUUAAUUUGGAAAACAAUAGGUCUUAUUUUUACAACAGAAACAUUCUAGUCAGAGGCAGUAGAGCAGAGAUAGAGUUUUGUGGUAUCGCUUUCCAAAGAAAAGAUGUCAGACUACAGAGCUUCCAGUUUAUCAGAACUUGAGAGUAAAAUAUGCACAUACCAUCACAGAGUCUCAGGUUGUUUCUUUUCUAAUGUAGCAAACCCACUAUGAAUGCUAUAGACAGCUUUAUUGUACCCUAUCAGUUUUGUAUUCUGAUCUGAUCUGAUCUGAUGUUUACCUUCCUGCCUACAAUCUGUCUUUGGACACUGCCCCCACCCCUCUCACUGCUACUUAAGACAUGAAUUCUUUUAUCAUCCUGGCUAUCAUUUCAUCAACGAUGGCAUUUUUGUAUGGUAGUCGCACCUGAACAAGCAUUUUAAGUGAAAUAUAAGUUAUAACAUUUGCUGGGCUCGUUCGAUAAUGAGCUCCACUGUACAACAUUUAGUACUCUCUGUUUUAAAUUGUAAACGACACCUUUACAGAAGGUUCUAUCACUGAUGGCAGCAAUGCAACGUCUCCUGACCAUUAUUAGCCUAUAAUUUCUGGUAUAAAGAUACAAAAUGAGUCUAAUAACUGAAGUUACCUCGGGUUGGCUGUGGGAAAUUGAACAGGUUAGGAAGUGUUAAAAAAUGGGGCUAGAUCACUUCACAAAUUGUGUUUUAAUAGUGUGUUUGGCAAUGUGUUUGAAUUAGAUUUUUAUGACUGUGGCACAGGAUGAGUGUGAUACUGGCGCAAUAAUAAUAAUGGCUUAGUCAUCAUAUGUGAUUACUGGUGUUCUUGGGUUCAAAUACAAGAUAGAUAGAUAGAUAGAUAGAUAGAUAGAUAGAUAGAUAGAUAGAUAGAUAGAUAGAUAGAUAGAAAGAAAGAAAGAAAGAAAGAAAGAAAGAAAGAAAGAAAGAAAGAAAGAAAGAAGCCUCCAGGUCAGACUGGAGAUGUGCCGCACAACUCUGAACAACAUGUUACCAUCUGCGAAAGUACAAUAAUAUAAGUAAAUAUUUAUCUACCACCAUCGCACACCCCAAUAUAUAUUUGUUGUAGUUGCCAUGGUCCUUAAGGUGUUCCACUUAAAAUCAAACAGCUUUGGUUUUUGGUUAUCACAUUUAUUCUUUGGAAUUGCAUCCAUCCCUUCAUUAAUUCUCAAGCCUGCUGGUACAUGCACAUGGAAGCUGAUCAAGUGUUAAAAUUGAAAUGUAACACUUUUAAUUUAAUUCAUGCUGUCUUAUUUUUUUAAUUUAUUUUAUUUUUUAUCUCUAGUGCAAUUUGGGUGUGAAAUAGAUGUGCCGCUCUCUUUAUUCUUUUGCUGAAUUUUAAAAGGUAGGGCGUGAUGAGUAAUUGGUUAGCUACAGACGGCCAACGUCAAUCGAUCUCGCUGAUGCCUUAUUAAAGGGGAAAUUAAGCACUCAGUCAAGUGAACUGCAUUUUAUAGACAGAGUUCUGCUCUUAUCAACAAUAUAAAACACUAUUGACAAAUGUUAGCAUAUAAGAAGAAAAUACGGUGUUAUGUUUUUUUUGUUUUUUUUUACCGUGGAUGCCACCAUCAAAGAACUUUGUGGCCUGUGAUGUCAUGGGGUUGGUGAUUCUCAUAACACUAUCUAUCCAACACCACGUAGUGUGUACUUAUAUCGCAUUUUAGUGUGUGGUUACAGCUAGCUUGGCUUACCUGCUACAAACAGGGCAUUGCAGUGUUUCCUCUCUGACAUCUUUCAGUGAAAGCAUCACUGCUUCCAGCAUGUCAACCCCCCCGCAUAUAAUGAAAGUAUGCAAAAUGGCAACACAGGACACAACGCAUAUCAAGAUCUCUCAAGAUCUCUUUCCAUUUCUUAGUCCAUUUCCAAUGACAUUCGUAGGGAUCCAACCAAUAUAUUCGAUUCCAUCAUUUCAAAAUGGCGACUCCCUAGCAGACAAGCCAGGUUGAACUUCUCAAAUCUUUGAUUUUAGCAACAUUUUUAAUAUUUCAGGUUUUAUUUCAGAUAUAGUUUGCAGUACAAGGACUAAUACAUGUAUGUUCCAUUUGCCCUAUUUUUUUUUUUACCUGCAAAUAUCACAGUAUGCCACCUUUCCCUUUCAUUUGGAAGUUUUACUUAAUACUUACCAAGUGCCCGUUUAUGAUUUUGUAAAUCUGAAGGUGUCCUUUCAUCCCAGCCUUCAGUAUCUGGGCAAUAGGUGUGCUGGUGCCACUGUCUGACACAUGUAGACAGAUGUCUUCUAAAUUGUUUAAAGCCACACGAUGCUUCGGCCGCCCAUGCAUGAUAUCAGUUUAAACAAUAACCAAAUAGGUAUAUAGCUGUUGACAUAGUUUUUUUUCCUUCAGUCACCACAGACUGAAGGAUUGACUGUGACGACUGAUAACUCUCUCACUCAGGCACAUGAGUAUCAUUUGAAAGCAGUUAUGGAAAAGAAAACAUACAGAACCUGUUAAUGCUUACAGUUAAACUGUGUAAGGUUUGAAACCACAUACCAUGUAAUUAUGAACCUACUGUCAUUGUUAAACACUAAUCUCUCUGUUAUCUUCUGUGAACAGUGUUUUAACCCCACAACCACCGGUUCUUUAUUGUUUGACUGAUCUGACUGAAAAAUAGGUUUUGUUCUGGGGACUUCUGAUUUCUACUGGACACAAUGUUGUUUGGAUUGCACAAUGCAUCCCAAUAAAACUUAAUGAGCAGUCUGACAUACCUGGAACAUGCAGUAGUCAAACUGGCGCAUCAUUUGCCACAAACAGAUUCAUGUCUAGACAAUACACUGCCGAGGAAAUUAAAGCUCAUGUACAUAAGCUUUUUGUAUUUUAAGACUAGUCUGAUGCAUGCAGGACUAAUGACUGAAAGUAAACACUGUACAUAUCAUUACAGUACAAAUGAGGUUUUUCAAAAAAAAAAAAAAAAGGCCAAUAUAAAAUAAA